GUAAAUUCCACACAGUCGUUACGCUGUUUGUGCGCAGUUGCAAUUAGUAAAACUGUUCUUGCGUGGAGCAUAUGAAUGUCCAAAGUCGAAAAUUAUUGAAACCCUGUUUUCCUUCUGAUUUGUAGAUGGUUUUGCGCCUAUUUUGGAGAAGGGGUCUUGUAAUACGCGCACCAUUAAUAAUCAAUUCGUUAUACUAAUGUCCGUAUACUUAAUUACCAUUAGCGGUUGAGAGGCGUUGAGUUAACUUCUGGCGUGUUCUAGGCUCCUCCACUCUCUACAUACAGCUGGAAGGUAAGAUGUAACAAGUGUUUUACUGUACUUUUUGUAGGAAGUGUUUUGCAGAAUAAUUCAGAUAUUAAUUCUCAAGCCUGAUCGUUCGGACGUGAGCAGAGAUGAGAAGAAUUACAUUCUCACCCAGACGAUCAAGCUGCCCGCUCAACUGUAAGGUUCAAAUCGCGUGCUGUUGAAUUCAAAUAUUUAGAAAUACAUUUUUGCUUCCCUCAUAGACAUCAGCUUGUAACAGGUUAGGAGAUCAUUUAUACAACAACUGAAGCGAUUUGUGUUGUUAUGAGGGAAACCCAGUAACACAAUUAUUUGGAAGCAAAUAAUUGUGUGUAUUUGGACGUGUGUUGUCUCCAGUUCAGGUAGCAUGAACAAACACUGUCCCUCAAGGUUUGCUAUUUUUAACUCAACAAAACGCCCUCUUCAAGGACGCCAUCGAAACUUCGACAGAAGAGGGCGUUUGGUGUAACUUAGUAAUUUCCGGUUGAAAGGAGGUAGAAAAACAACAUAUCCUACGUGUCUGUGGUCAGUUCACGGUACAGUUACCUCCUUAUUAAUUUGUUCACGGUUGAUAUAUUCCUCUUCACUUGAAGUAUAAACCUGUAUUUGCACUUUGCCAGAUCGUUAGAAAGAAGUGUUGCAACAAAGUCUACAAGAAUGAGCAAACUCUUUUGGCUAAUAUCUUGCCUCAUGGCCGUCGGAUUUUAUGCAGAAUUAUGGUGAGUGUGCAAUGAGUAUGAAUAUUGUUUUGCAACUGAGCUUUCAGCAUGUACAACUUUGAUUUAUGUAGCUGGCAGCGCCCAUGGGCAGGAUGAAGUGAAUCCUGUGUUCUGACUAGCUCACCAAGCGGGCAGGCGGAGCCAUCUUGCUUGUUCGGGAUUGCUCGCUUUGAUUCCGCGCGCGUGGAGUCUACUUACAAAGGACAAUGAAGGUAAGGGAGUCGUAAAGUGACUGAACACACUCAAAAUAAAGGAGACGUAAAAUGAGUUUCCUGAGUUUACUGUGCUACAAAAUCCAGCUUUCUUUUCCAGUCCUCAAAAAUAAACAGGUCAUUUUUAAUUCGUUUACAGCAAAAUCUUCUGGCUUUAGAAUAAAUCAUUCACUGAACACUCACUUCCCUUGUCUUAAAUGGUUCAUCCCAAGAUCAUGAAAAGUACCUGAACUCUAACUAGUUUGGCUAAAAUAUUCUUUUUUUUUACCCCUCAAAGGGCCGGAUGUAAGUAUUGAUUAUGUGCACAAAGUUGAUGGAAUGAUAAAAAUGUUCAUUUCUCUUUUUUUUCAUGUCUAUGCUCUAGUGAAACAUCUUCAGUUGACAGGAUUGAAGGAGCAGCUCUGAAGAUUGCAACAUUUAACGUCCAAAUAUUUGGGUCAAAGAAAAUGGCAAAUACUUUGGUCAGAGAAAUAUUAGUCAAGGUAUUUUUCGAUGUUAGUGCAUUAAAAAGGGUUCAGUAAUGGAACUGGAAGUCACAGAUGGAGGCUUAUAGUUCAUGCCUUAAAACGCCAUAUUUUUCUCGAUCAAGGGCUGCGGGGCGUAGCGGCUAACGUGUGUGUGUGUGUGUGUGUGUUUUUUUUGUUUGUUUGUUUGUUUGUUUUUUUUUUCAGGGGAGGUGAUUAUUUAAAAACCGUCAUAUUUAUAAAAAGAAUGAUAAAAUAGAACUAUUCAUAGUGAAUAUCGUUUACAUCCUUGCUCAAAACUUCAAUUGCUGUCUCGUUUUGCUGGGAAAAAAUGGGCCCAACUCUUACACUGGCUUCCUAUAUACAUGCAAAAAUUUUACUGUCUCUUUUGCGAUCCAAGUCUAAAUUCCGAGAGGACUCUUUUUUAUGUCUCUCAUAUGGGCCAAAUACGAUUACUCACGGUCAACCAUAUACCUACUGCUUAAUACAGGUCCUAUCGUUUAAGGGGUAUUAUAAAAGACUAAAAAAAAGCUCCACUUAAUACCAUAACUAGCCGCUUAAAGUACAAAAUCUCGCUCGCAAAUACCACUCACUUUGAUUUUGGCAGAGAAAGAUGGACAAAAAAUUACUUGAAAUAUUAUACUGAGUUUCAUCAGAGUGGGCCGCUUUCUAUAACCGUUCAAUAUAGGUUGAGGACCAUAACUAAAUACCGUUGAAACUUAGUAAAAGGUCACCGCGACCGCUAAGUAGAGGUGAAAAUUAAAAUUACAGUGAUUGAGAGGAAAGAAAUUCGGGAGUUUGACAGCUGACAGCCUGAGAGAGGGGGACAUCUUGAGCCGAUGUCUGUUUGUUAAGACGUUCACCUCAAAGGUGCCUCGGUCCGAUAUUCACAGUGCGGAAGUCUGUGUAAAUUGACUUCCGAACAAAAUAUCACUGAAGUAAAACUUCAACAUCCAGCCAAUGCAAGGACAGUUUCCUCUCUAUCGCCUCGUUCGCUUUUGAUGAGCGUAAAUAUAUAUGAAUCUUUCGUUGACGUUUGAUGUUUUUUGCAGGUGAUUUUAAGGUAUGAUAUCAUAUUGAUCCAAGAAAUUCGUUCAAAAAGAGAUCGACCGAUAAACUUGCUGUUCGCGGAUGUCAACAGGUAAUGAAUUAACUUAAUAACUUCAUUUUAGUCGUCAAGUAAUAUUUAUCGACAAUCUGGAGGGACCCCUCAUCUUCUUACCUGCCUUCUCCUUAGAUAACUUAUUCCAGUUAUGUGCUCAAGCUGCACCAGAGUCACCAGAGUUUUCCUUCACUUUUUCCUUCUUUCUCCCCCCCUCCCCUCCCCCCACUCUUCCCUACUUUCUACCUAAGAGUACUCCCAUUCCUGUCCCACACAUGCUCAGGCAAAAGGCAAACUUUGAGCGUCUUUUAAGAUGCAUUUGUAAAGUAACUUUUAUCUCAGUUUUCAUAUGUACUAUCCUUAAUUCAUUCCAGAUCAGUUACGUAUUUUAUAAAGCAAAUGCGAAGAGCUAGUUAAGAGUCUUUGUUUCUCUUUUGCUCUAUGUCAGGGUUUCAUCUCCCCCCGGCGUCUAUAAGAUGGCGUUGAGUGUCAGGCUUGGUCGCACAGCCAGCAAGGAGCAGUAUGCAUUCUUAUACAGGUGAGCUAUGUUAUAUAAACUAUACUAAUCCGUCUUCUAUGUUAACACUAGCUCAAAGCCGAUUUGUAAGGAACACUUUGAUUCUCCUUUGAGUUAGUAGGUGUUGUGAAGGAUGGUGCUUAAAUCAGACAGAAUGCUUUUGGUUUAGACCCCAUGGAAAUGUUUCUUUUGAUACCUUUCAAGUUUAUUGAGCAAGAGGGGGGAGGGGAAGGGGAAGGGUCGUGGUCGUGACUAGGCAACAGCAAAAACGAUAUCACCGAUCUUAAAUCAAAAUAUAUGUUAUUAGCGCGUUAUUAAUAUAUGACAGUUGUCAGUGUAGAAGAGUAGCCCCCUCAGUAUUAAACUAGAACCAAGCCCUUCAGACCGAGAUCGCCUGAGCGACUUUUUUAUGAUUUGACUGCCCCUUACCGGACUCAGGUUGUUUGAUUCAAAAACGGUUUGAUAUUUGAAAAUGGAAGUAUAUGAUAAAAGCCAAUAUCAAGUUGUCUUUUUGACUGCCAGGAGUGACAAGGUAACUGUUACGGACAGCUAUUUGUAUCACGACAACCAAGACACAUUUCAAAGAGAACCUUUUGUUGUCCGUUUCCAAGCCAAAGGAGCAUGUGAGUUACAUUGUUUUUGUGAAUCGUUUGUCACGUGAGGACUCUUGCUUAUUGGCGAGUGAUAAAGGAACGGUGCGCGCGAGUAGUGUUAUAUGUGAGAAGAAUAAAACAGGUUUGAUUCUUUCCAACGGACUCUCCAGCGUACUUUCGUCCGAGUGUGCGCAGUCGAUAUUUUUGGGAGGUCCGUUUUCAGAACACAAUGUUAUGCAUGUUUGUUAUGUAAAAGGGGGGAAAGUCAGACGGUGUCGCAGCUGAGAUCAUUUUGACGAAGAAUUGCCUUUUUCUUUAUUUAGAUGUGUCAGACUUUGCUAUGGCUGCCAUACAUACUUCACCAAAGGCUGCAGAGUUGGAAAUCGACCAUUUGGUCGACGUUUAUGACGACAUUGUGCAACGAUGGCAAUUGAGAGACGUUAUGAUUUUAGGCGACUAUAACGCCGGCUGCAGCUAUGUAACCAGGUCAGAGUGGCGUAAAAUAAGGCUAGCAACGGACAAGCGAUUCUAUUGGCUCUUUUCUGAUCUGAUGGACACUACAGUUGCGAAGUCCGAUUGCCCGUAUGACAGGUAAAUUUGGUAAAGACAUUACUAAUAAUAAUAGAGAUAAUAUUAUAAUAAUAUAAACGAUAAUGGCAAUGAUAAAGUCAAUGAAAAAUAGGUGAUCAAGAUCUUAAAAAACUGAACGCCGAUCUGCAAAAUUAAAGCAAAGUGUAAUAGUGGUAUGUUUGUAAAGAAAAUGUGGUGUUGCCUCGGUGGUUGGGGGGAGUGGUUAACAACAUAUAUCAACUGAGUUGAUAAUGUGCAUUGACCACCGUAUAGAGUUUCUAAAGCUCACUGUUCGAGCGUUUAUCCUUGGUCAGAGCACUCUCACAACGGGCUAACGCUCAAGACGUCAGAUUUUUUUGAAUUUAUAACUCAGUUGAUAAAGUCAAAGUAUCCUAUACAGAGAGUCUGUGGCUCAGUGGCAGAGCGUCGGAUCAUGGAAUCCGGAUUGAAUUCCUUCGAGGAGCUCAAAAUUUCAUUCUUUGUCCCUGGAAGAAAGUGUCAUUCGCGCAAAGUUUCAUGUCAAAAACUCGCCUGAACGCAAAACCUAUCAAAGAAAACGAAAUAUAAUCAUCUCUGAGGUACAAGAGCAUUUAAUAUCAUCGUUAUGACCCUAUAGCUAUUUGUUUUUUAUAGAAUGGUAGUUGCCGGGUAUAACAUGACCAGAGGAAUCUUUCCAGACAGCGCCUAUGUGUUUAAUUACAAAGAUGCUUAUGGAUUGAGUCAGAAUGAGGUACAUUAUCCUUAUACAACGAUAAGAGGUUUUGAUGGAGUUAUAGAUGACUCCAUAAGUUAAAAAUGUUUACCAAACCAGCGUAGAAAGGUCUGCAUCGGGUUCUCCUUAAAUGAAGGAUUUUGUUCUUCUUCUUGAAGAGCAAAAUGCUUCUCUGUUUGAUCGCGUAGUCUGAUCGUUCGGGCGAGAGUAGUCUUGAAAAGAACUGUUGUCUGUUAAAGUGACUGACACCUUGACGUCAACCUGAACGAAAAAUAUUACAAGAGUAUAGCAAUGAAAUUUUCGCUACCAGAGUUUAACUGCGUCAUAAGACUGGUUUUUGUUGCUGAUUGGCAAUUUUUUAAUCGAAUAUCGAAACUAAUCUGGGAUUGGUUUGGGUUUGCUUCACCUCGCUCUGUGAUUGGUCCAGAAAACUCGCACCACCAUCUCGACCAAUCAAACGCAAAAUUAAAACCAAUAUCAACUUGGUCACCCUCGUUUUCCCGCGCUUCAAGCAAGUUUCCUGUUUUUACUCCGAGUUCUCAUUGGUUAAUGAUGACUUUAACCUUUCUCCUGAUAGUUAGUUGUUGUUUCGAAACGCAAUUGAAAACUGCUGUAUUGGUUACAAGAAGUUUCGAUCUGUCGAUAAGGUUAGGCGAUUUUCCAUAGUAAGUUCGUUGAGUCAAUGUCGUGUUUAAGUCGUCUUCAUGGUGUUUGCUGAUAUCUGUAGACAUCUGUUGAGAGGAGAUUGCUACAUAAUUAAAAACCGACAUCCAAAGUCAUCCCCUGAAAGUAGUCGUUGCUCUCGAUUAAACAUUGCGCACAAUGUGGUUCAUGAAUUGAUGAUGUUCAGCAAUGUUACUGUUAAUUAACAUACUGCAUUACUGUUUUCUACAGGCGGAGAAAGUGAGUGAUCACUGGCCCAUUGAGAUACAAUUUAAGGAUUCAAGUGAGUCAAUUUUCAGUUGUGAUUGUAGAACAAAUAACAACGGAUAUUGGUCACUUCCUCGCCUUCGGCUUGGUUGCCACCUUUCUGCCGUUAUCGCAUUUAAACUUUGUCUGUGUCAUCUAUAACUGAAACGAAUUGUGGAUCGAUUUGUCAAUUUGCUGUUCUUUUCUUCUUCUCAUAAGCUUACAGAGAUGAGGAACAGUUCUUCCAAGAGUCUGUUACAGUCACCAUCAGGGAUAAGCGUAUAUCAAAGGUCUCCGAAGACCAGCUUUUCGUGAUGAGUUCCGAAAACCCACUGCUGUCGCAAGGUUUCACUGCGAAAACUACUUACAACAAACGUGGUAUGGAAAACAUCAUUAUCUCAAAGGAAACUGUUUCAGUCGGAGAGGCGAGAGAUGCCGUAAAGACUUUCCGCGAGACUUAUCCGAAGCUAGUUUCCUCCUCACAAGAAGCUGUAAGCAAACGAAAAAUCGGCCAGUUAACACAAGUUGGAGAUGCCGACUGCGUCGCUAGACAGCACGAGACAACAGUCUACCAAAUGCUCUCCAACACUUGCCACGAUGUGAAAGUGAAGGAGAUUUAUUCAGUUCAACUUGUCUGUAAUGUGCCGCUUGGCUUGUGCGAGAUCAAUGUAGAAGCAGCUAAUUAAGCUUUUUCGUAAAUUUCAAGUAGCCUGCCAGUUUGACGGUCUGUUGAGCACAAAUGGUCGAAAGAUAAGCGCGCGUCAUAAAUAUUUGUCGACACCCAGCAAGAGCUGUUAAGUCUAACGCCCGAUAAACUAAGAAAAAAUGGGAAUAUAAGAUGCCGAUUUGUUUUAGUUGUCUUCUCUUUUGGUUUGAUUCUUAUUCGGGAGGUUCAAUAUUGUAUUGAUUUAUCAUAUUUUUUGAGUAACUGUGAACUGAUCAUUGUUUAGCCUUUGUACGCUUAAAAUAUUAAAAUUAAAAAAUAAAAGGUAACGAUAACACAC